GCCCCGGCCGGGCCGCUCCGCCCCGAUGAGGCGCGGCGGCUGCGCGGCCCGCGGGAUCUCCGCCGCCGCCAUGCUGCCCAACACCGGGAAACUGGCAGGAUGCACCCUCUUCAUCACAGGCGCAAGUCGAGGCAUUGGCAAAGCCAUUGCUUUGAAAGCUGCUAAGGAUGGUGCAAACAUUGUGAUAGCUGCCAAGACAGCUGAGCCCCAUCCUACUCUUCCAGGGACUAUCUACACCGCUGCAGAAGAAAUUGAAGCGGCUGGAGGAAAGGCUUUGCCCUGCGUUGUUAAUGUGAGGGAAGAAGAGCAAAUUAUUAGUGCCGUGGAGAAAGCUGUGAAGACUUUUGGAGGGAUUGACAUUUUGGUGAACAAUGCAAGCGCCAUCUCUUUGACUGGCACUUUGGAAACAGCAACGAAGAAGGUCAAUCUUAUGAUGGAUGUCAAUGUACGAGGAACCUACCUUACAUCUAAAGCAUGCCUUCCCCACUUGAGGAAGAGUAAGAACCCCCAUAUCCUGAACCUUAGUCCACCUAUGAAUCUGAAUCCCAUAUGGUUCAAAAAUCAUUGUGCUUAUACCAUUUCUAAAUAUGGGAUGUCCAUGUGUGUCUUGGGAAUGGCAGAAGAAUUUAGAGGAGAAGUUGCUGUCAAUGCUUUAUGGCCUAAAACAGCCAUACAUACAGCUGCUAUGGAUAUGCUGGGAGGAGCUGGAAUAGAAAAACAGUGCAGGAAAACAGAUAUCCUGGCAGAUGCUGCGUACUGCAUUUUAACAAAACCAAAAAGUUUCACUGGAAAUUUCAUUAUUGAUGAAGUUUUGCUGCGAGAAGAGGGAGUUAAGGAUUUUGAUGUCUAUGCAAUUGCACCAGGUCACCCUCUGAUACCUGACUUCUUCUUGGAUGUUGAGAUUGACACUACAGCUGUGAAACAAAAAGGAUAUGGUGCUGCCCAAGCAUUGAAAGAGGAGAAGACAGAAUCUGCUCCAGCCAAGCCAUCCGGGCCUGUUGCAGAAACAUUCAGAGUUAUUCAGGGGGCCAUGACGGAAGAGAACGUGAGAAGUACUCAGGGUGUCUUUCAGUUUGAAUUAUCUGGUGACGGUGGAGGCACGUGGUAUAUCGACCUGAAGAACAAGGGUGGGAGCACUGGCUUUGGAAAGCCCCCUGGGACAGCUGAUGUGGUUAUGAGCAUGUCGAGUGCUGACUUUGUGAAAAUGUUCACAGGUAAACUAAAGCCAACUAUGGCCUUCAUGUCAGGAAAAUUAAGGAUUAAAGGAAAUAUGGCACUAGCAAUGAAGCUCGAGAAGUUGCUUACACAACUGAACUCUAAACUGUAAGGGGAAGCCCUUGCUAGAAGAACAGUGGCCUUUCAUAUAUAACUGCAAUACUGUUUUAAUUUGUAGUCCUCAUUUUUCUCUGAUGCAAUAUAAGAAAUACGGAUAAAAUGUGAGGUUUUUGUAGGAGAGGUAACUCCAUCUGAUUAAGGGAAGAAAGUGUUUGUGAUUAAACUAAUUGCUUCUCAAGAAUACACUUCUUAGGUUGCAGAUGUUUUCUUUACUUCUGCUCCUCUGGAUCAAUGUAAGUGAUCUGAAGUGAGUUUUUUCCUGCAUAGUUGCUUGUACACAUUUCCUGUGAAAGAGGUGGGGAGAGCAAAUGUCACCCUGCAGAUCUGUGCUAGAAGUGCUUAGUGGAAGCAAUAUGGUCAGUUUUGCAGUGCCUUAAUUAUACCUGGUAAAUUGGCAUCCCGAAUUUUUUUUCUUUCCCAGGUUUAUUACCUACAUGAGUUCUAUUGCACUCAGUUAGGCUGCACAGACAUACUGAAUGAUAAGCAAGUUUUCUUUUUGUGUGGAGGUGCAUUUGCACACGCUCACACUCGUGUGCUUUCUCUCUUCCCCUAUGCCCACUACAUCACUGGAGGCAGCCACUUCCCCUUCCUUUAUUUGGCUGGUAAAGAUUGAAGCUCCGUAGGAAAAGCAUGAAUGUUGCCACUCUGUAAGUUCACAAGUGCACACAUGGACUGCAACUUCACGUGACAGCAUCUGAAAAGCCAGAUGGACCAGCCUCUUAAGCUGUUUAUUCGUUGUCGCCUGAAGAACUGCCCAGAAUUUGGAACAUUUUCUCUUCUAAGCAAGCUGAGAAGCUUGCAAGACUUAGGAUUUAUUUUUUAAUCCACUUGGCAGCACAAUAGUUUACAAGUUUUUAAAGCAUGUGCCUGUCUAAAAUUGCUGUGACCUGUAUUGUGAAGGUCACAUCUGUAUUGCUUUCAUCACAGUUCAAAGAGUCACAGAAUGGGUCAGGUUGGAAGGGACCACUGGUGGAGUCAUCUGGUCCAACCUCCCUAUUCAAGUAGGGUCAUCCCAGAGCACAUGGCACAGGAUUGUGUCCAGAUGAUUCUUGUGUAUCUCCAGUGAGGGGGAGUCCACAACCUCUCUGGGCAAUCUCUUCUAGUGCAUGGUCACCUGCAAAGUAAGGAAGUUCUUCCUCAUAUUCAGGCAGAACUUCCUGUGUAUCAGUUUCUGCCUGUUGCCUCUUGUAUUGCUUGGCACCACCAAGCAGAGCCUGGCUCCAUGCUCUUGGCACCCUCCCUUCAGAUACUUAGUAAGGCAGUUGAAUUCUGGUAAUAAAGAAAAAACCUGUCAAAUUCA